CGCUGAGGAGGGCGGGCCGCGGCGGCGCUGAGGAGGGCGGGCCGGGGCGGGGCGGCGGGCGGCCGGGGUGGGGCUACCCUCCAGCCCCGAGUCCCGCUCCCAUGGCCGCCCCCGGCUCCCGGCGCUGCCCCCUCUCCCCCGGGCCGCGCCCCGGGGCCCCGCACUGACGGCCCAUGGCGCCGCCCGCCGCCCGCCUCGCCCUGCUCUCCGCCGCGGCGCUCACGCUGGCGGCCCGGCCCGCGCCCGGCCUCGGCCUCGGCCCCGGACCCGAAUGUUUCACAGCCAAUGGUGCAGAUUACAGAGGAACGCAGAACUGGACAGCACUCCAAGGAGGAAAGCCAUGCCUGUUCUGGAACGAGACUUUCCAGCACCCCUACAACACUUUGAAAUACCCCAAUGGGGAGGGGGGCCUCGGCGAGCAUAACUAUUGCAGAAACCCUGAUGGAGAUGUGAGCCCCUGGUGCUAUGUGGCUGAGCACGAGGACGGUGUCUAUUGGAAGUACUGUGAGAUCCCUGCGUGCCAGAUGCCUGGAAACCUUGGCUGCUACAAGGAUCAUGGAAACCCACCCCCUCUGACUGGCACCAGUAAAACAUCUAACAAACUAACCAUACAAACCUGUAUCAGUUUUUGUCGGAGUCAGAGGUUCAAGUUUGCUGGAAUGGAAUCUGGCUAUGCUUGCUUCUGUGGGAACAAUCCUGACUAUUGGAGGUACGGGGAGGCAGCCAGUACUGAAUGCAACAGCGUCUGCUUCGGGGAUCACACCCAGCCCUGUGGUGGUGAUGGAAGGAUCAUCGUCUUUGACACUCUGGUUGGCGCCUGUGGCGGGAAUUACUCAGCGUCGACUUCGGUGGUCUACUCCCCUGACUUCCCUGACACCUAUGCCACAGGGCGGGUCUGCUACUGGACCAUCCGGGUCCCCGGGGCCUCGCACAUCCACUUCCGCUUCACCUUGUUUGACAUCAGGGAUUCUGCAGACAUGGUGGAGCUGCUGGACGGCUACACCCACCGUGUCCUGGUCCGCUUCAGUGGAAGGAACCGGCCACCUCUCUCCUUUAACGUCUCGUUAGAUUUUGUCAUUCUGUACUUCUUCUCUGACCGUAUCAACCAGGCCCAGGGAUUUGCUGUCCUGUACCAAGCUGUCAAGGAAGAACCACCCCAGGAGAAGCCCACUGCCAACCAGACACUGGCCGAGGUGAUCACAGAGCAGACCAACCACAGCAUCAGUGCCGCCCGCUCCUCCAAAGUCCUCUACGUCAUCACGACCAGCCCCAGCCAUCCACCCCAGACCGUUCCAGGUAGAUGGACAGUGUACGGCCUGGCAACCCUCCUCAUCCUCACAGUCACAGCCAUUGUAGCAAAGAUACUUCUGCACGUCACGUUCAAGUCCCAUCGUGUUCCUGCAUCAGGGGACCUUAGGGAUUGUCACCAAGCAGGGACAUCGGGGGAAAUCUGGAGCAUUUUUUAUAAGCCAUCAACUUCCAUCUCCAUCUUUAAGAAGAAGCUCAAGGGCCAGAGUCAGCAAGAUGACCGUAACCCUCUUGUGAGUGACUAAACGCCCUCUCCCCGUCCAGGACACAGGCCCUCUGAGCUCCAGGCUGCUGGGACACCCCCAGCCCCAGGUCAAGCUCCAGCUCAGUCUUUCCUGCAUCUCCUCGGGCCUCUGCAGAGACGCCCUCCAACAUACCCAAGGGGGCGCCCUGCCACAGGCCGGGCCUAGCCUGGAUUUGUCCUGAUUCAUCGCUGCACUUAGGAGAGAGACUCAAGGUCGCGGGGUCUGCAGGGGGGCCUGCGUAUCUUUCUCUCUCUCUCAUCUAGGAAUUGGGGCACCAGGUCAGCCAUGGCACUGAGAUGGCGAGAUGGUUGUGCCCAGCUCACUGGGUUGUCACCGCAGCUGGGUGGGGGGUCGGUAUUGUGUACAUGUUCUCUCUGUUUUCUCCAUAUGCACCACUUUGUCCACUAUGAAGAGGGCCAGGGCUCUCUGGGGGGCUGACCUGGUCCUGUUCUCUUGGGCAUUCGUACCCCAAUGCCUUAAAGAGGACCCAGGCUCUGACUCUGGGUCUCUGUUCUCUGAACCCAAGACUUUCUCCUGUGCGAAAGGGCUUGGGAAUCGGGCCUGGUGAUGCCCAUUCUCACUAACCCUGACACCUCCCUCAGACAUGCCGUUUUCUGUCAUUUGUUUUCAUAGUUGGGUGACCAGAAGAACGAGCUCAAGGAGUGGUUGCCUAAAACGUCCUUUCACUUGUUCUUGCAAAAACCUUUACUGAAAGCUCCUAGUGCCACUUGGGAACUCCCUGCCGGAUGGGAUUUGUCUGGCCUUGCCCCUGUCCAGUCACGAUCCUGUGGGGCCUGGCCAGUCUCCCUGGGAUUGGUUCAGGACGGGGAGAAUAAGUACCCGGGGGCCAGCAGCAGGGAAGCAGUGCUGUUUGAGUCAGAGUGCCAGCGGCCCGCCCUCAGCCCCCGCCCCUCUCCCUGCAGUCCGUGCUCCCUGCGGUCCUCUCCACCCUUCUCAUAAGACAUAGCGGGGUGAAUGGCCGGGUGGGUCCACCUACCCUUUGGUGGUCUUGGGAAGUGAAUCAGGGGCUGGCACAAGGAGCGAGACGGAGGCCCUGGGAACUGGAGCCCCUCCAAGGAGAGGCCUCCUCAGACUGAGAGCGGCAGCUGAGCGAGUGGCCGAGUCUCUCUCUGCUGACUCUCCCCAGGGCCUCAUGCCUCUGGCCUCCAAGGGUCCCUCUUUGCAACUUUUGCCUAAAUCUCUUGUCCCCUCGGCCACCAUUUGCUGGACCUGCCCAGGGUUCUGCCUCCAGGCAGCUUGCCUGUGCCCACUCCCAGAAGGAUGGAGUGCGGUGGGGGUCGCUGCGAGGUGUCUGCAGAGAGAGGCCACUUGGCAGGCACGAGGGGACGGAGCAGGGUGUCUGCAGGAGGGCGAGGGUGCUGCCCUGGCACGGGGGGCGGGGGGCUGGAGUUAGGCAGGAGCUGCACGCAGCACAUUUCACCCUCUGAUCCCCGGAGCAGCUGUCUGCGGGCCCCUGGGUCUGGAAAGAGCCUGUCACGUACAGAGCCCCAGGAAACGCACUGCCAUGUGCCGCCUCCCCCACCUCUUCCUGGCCUGGGCGGCAUCCGCUGAAAGCAGCGCUCACGGUCAGGUGUGCGCCGUCACACAGGGCCCCGGGCUGGGAAUAGAGCCAUGUGCGGGCGAAGAGAAUGUGGAAUUCGGCCCGGGAAGGGCGGGCCCUGCCAGGGACGGUCUCCAGCUGCCGUGGGCUUAGACUGAUGGCUCCUUUCUAAGGGAUCCUGGAAGGGUCACACACCCACGCUGCCCACGUCGCACUCAGUCUGCCACACAGGCCCCGGUGUGGCCCCAGCCUGCCUCUGGCACUGACCUCUCCCAGAGAGCCGGAAGUGCGAGGAACGGCCCAGUGCUCUGCUUCCUGCCAGGCCUGCGUGGCCAGGAUGCCUUACCCUCCAGGGAGCCGCGUGGGAAACCUGAACCAGCCCUGACGCAUGCAGGAGUGAGCCGCCAGAGGGGGUGCUGCAGGCCGCCCCAGGCUGCGUAAGCACCUGCGGAAUCAAGUGUCCCCAGAGAGGUGAGAGGUGAGGAGAGGUGAGGAGUGCUUCCUGAAGUACCGCACCCCCCCCAAGGAGGAAACACUUGCUCUCUUAGAAAUGAGAAACAAAGUAGAGGUUGGAGGAGAAAAGGCUGGAGGUCCCAGCAGGUUCUGGAAAAGAGGGGUGGGAUUUGGGGACCACCACCCUGUCCUGCUGAGCUACUCACGCUGGGUGACUGAGCAGAGGAGGAUGGGAACGGAAGCCGCAGGGCUGUGGCUGGCCUUGGUGUCUGCUAGGUCUGGCCACCGCCCCCACGUGGCCCUCACAGCACAGUGUCCUAUGCCUCGGCCGCUGGGACCCUCAGGGGCUUUCACAGCGACCGCCUUGGCCUUUCUAGCAGCCAGACCAAGGGUUAUUCCCCGAGUGUCACGUUGCUCACAGACCAAAGGAGCAGGACUGGUGCCUGGGCAGCCUCCCCUCUGCCGUGUCAGAUCCUCCCUCUGGGGUGAGCAAGGUAACCCAGUGGCUGUAACUUCUGAGGCGCAGGCGCUGGCCCAAGAUUCCUAUAACCAGAAACUCACCAAGAUCAAAGCACCAGAAGUACAGCUGUCCCGGCCCUCGGGCCAGACCCACGGGGCGUGCCUGGGCAAGGGCUCACCCACACAGCCCAUUGUCAGCCCAGGCUCCCGUUGGCCUGCCCCAGCCCAGGAUGCAGCCAGCCUCGCCAGCCACCGAGGGCGGUCCCGAGCCCCCGUGCGUACUGGGCACUUAAUCUUCCCGAGCACUUAUCGAAGCGGGCCUCGGAGAGCCUGCUGUCCUCUCCUGGUCGCCACCCCAGGUCCCCUGCAGAGGCAGGCCAACUCCCCACGCAACGGGCACCCUUUGGACUUCCAGUCUCCGGCUCGGGUGUUUGAUGUCUGCUUUCGCUCCUAUUGCCUUGGGAAUUUUUAACCUUUUGAUUGUUUCCUCUGGUGUCUUUGUUUACCUUCCUCACUCACUGUUCUACCUCCUGGCCAGAUCUUCCAGCUUUGCUCCCCUGGCAUGAGGUGAUUUUCAAGCCUUCCAGCCAUAGCUGCCUCUCCCCAGGCUGGCUGGUUGGGAACAUCAAGCCUCCUUCCCCGCCCGCUGUCCCCAGGUGAGACCACCCCACGAGCCUGCUCUUGCAGAAGUGGGGGUGUGGAGGGUCCCCCCGCCUCCUCAGACAGGAGGGGUCUUUACAGACAUGUGGGGGACUCCUUCCCUGCCCACACAGGGCACUGCCACCUUGUGUCCUUAGGGGUCGGGCAGCAGUCAGACCCGCACACAUCCAGACUCACUGCCUGGGGGCUCUUAACUUUGGAUACCAAGGCUUUAUUUGUAAAUAGGCUCUUCACAUGCAACUCUGAGAAUAAAAUAGAAACAUCGUGUAUUUUGAGUAUAAGAUGAAGUGUGACGCACUGUAUACAAUUUAAUAUAUAUUUUUAGGAUUUUGUUAUUUAAGAAAACGGAAUGUAAUGCUACUUAACUUUUACAAAAGAGAGAAAAAAAUGUUAUUUUUACUGUCUGGAGAAAAUAAAUAUUCUCAUUGUUGUAGAACA